AAUUUGUGAAACCUGAAACUCUGAAAAUCUGAGACCACGAAAAAGCUCGUUUCAAUCUGAUCCAUGUCGCUGACGUCGAAGCAAUCCACAUCCACGCAAUCGACGAUGAAGACGAGAACGACGACGACGACCAGGACGGCGACAGGACUUGUGGAGCUGCUCGAUGCAAUGGACGCAGUGGCCGACACUGUGCGAAGACAAGGACAAGGACAAGGACAAGGACAAGGACAAGGACAAGGACAAGGACAGGAACAAGGACAGACCUCAAGCACUCAACUGGAUCACACUUGCAAUGGACGAGCAACACGGACGAGCGCGAGCGGUGACUGAGCCAUCGUCGGAGCUGUCACCCGAAGCCCGCCUCAUGGCACUGCGCGAGGCACUCUGUCGUAUGGCUGGACAGCCGGGUGGCUUCCAGACGAACGCACUGCGACGGCGCGCCUGGCCGCACUUGGUCGACAACACGGCAACAUUCAUCCGCCACUUUGACGGCGACUUUGAAGCUCGGGUGAUUGAGCAUCCUGAAACGCUCCAAGUCAAGCUCGAUGUCGACCGAUCGCUCAUCCACUAUCCACCAAAUCUGUCUCCAGUGAAGCUGGCAAAGCUGCGCCAGCAUCUUGAAACUGUCAUUAACGCCGUGUUGAGCAUUCAUCCAGAGUUGCAUUAUUUCCAGGGAUAUCACGAUAUUGCAACAUUGUUUCUACUGGUCAUGAAUAAGCGCCAGGGGUUUGUGCUGUUGGAGCAUCUGAGCUUGACAAAGUUUCGAGAUUUUAUGGGGCCAUCUUUGGAAGGCGCCACUACCAUGCUUCGGCUAAUAUUCCCUCUGAUAAAGCAAGUGGAUCUCGAGUUCUCUGAAGUGGAGCCAGUGUUCUCCCUAUCCUGUGUCCUCACGUGGUUUUCUCACGUUGUGGAUGAGCAAGCGGUUAUCGAGCGGCUGUUUGACCUGUUCCUGGCUUCGCACGCACUGAUGCCCGUCUAUCUUGUCACAGCCAUUAUUCUCUUUCGUCGAGAUGAAGUGCUGAGCGGGGAUUGCGAGUUUUCGGCUGUUUAUGGGCUGUUGAGCAAAGUGCCGCCAUCUCUACCCUACGACCUCGUGUUGAUACCUCACGCCUUGGAGCUAUCGGCGCGAGUCCAACCCAACGAGUUGAUUGAACUUGCUGGUCAAGCCAUGUUUGCUCAGCGAGCGCCCACCACUGCUGCGCUCAUCGCCGCUCAGUUUCCACACAAGCCCUCCCGCUCGACCACGCAACCAUGGCGAGUAGGAUUGUAUGCAGUUUCGUUGUCGGUUCUUGCAGCAGCCAUGCUGGCGGCCAACUCGUGGAUUCGACAACAGCUGUAG